AUGAAGGGAGGACUCAUUGCUAUUAAUAAACCGUCUGGGAAAUCUUCAGCUCAAUGCUUAAAUGAAAUUAAGGCAAUUAUAUCUAAGAGCGAAUUGGCGAAAUUCUUUCAAUCAGACCCUCCUCAUCCUAAUGAUAAAAAUAGCAAACGCAAGAAGUGGAAACGGAACGACAUUAAGAUAGGUCAUGGCGGUACUCUCGAUCCUUUAGCAUCAGGAGUUUUAGUUGUUGGUCUAGGCAUUGGAACAAAACAGUUACCAACACUAUUAUCUUGUGUGAAAACGUACAAGGCCACCUGCUUAUUUGGAUGUUCCACCAAUACUUACGAUUCAUCCGGAAAAAUCAUCCGCGUUGCUACAAAAAUUCCUAGCAAGGAAGAAGUUGCAGAUGGCUUAGCAGCAUUUCGCGGUGAUAUCCUUCAGCUCCCUCCAUUGUAUUCCGCUUUGCAUAUACAAGGAAAACGCUUGUAUGAAUAUGCCCGGGAAGGACUACCCCUUCCUGAAGCUGUGAAACCUCGUCCCAUGAAAUGUGACCACCUUGAACUUGUGGAAUUUCACGAAAAAGGUCAGCAUAGCUAUAACGAUCCUGAUGUGUUUGCAAGCAAAGAAGAAAUAGAAUCAGAAGAACUCUUACGCCCGGUUUCUGAUUUUGAAAAGAAAGAGGCCGUAAAUAAUUCAGAAAUUGCUAAGGAAAAUGAUUCUCCUCAAGAAAGCAAAGAUGAUUUCCAGCAAAAAUCCUCUGUUGAAGAUGCUCCUGCUGUCAAGUCUGCUUCUGACGAAAGUGUUCCAAAAACAGAAGAAAAGGAUGACCAAACAAGCAAAAAUGAACCAAAGGGUAAGAAAAGAAAGUUAGAGGUUACUGAUUUAGAACGUGGUUCACGCCCUCCAAUUGGUCCUUCUGCGGUUUUGGAUAUGAGCGUUUCUUCAGGAUUUUAUGUCAGAUCUGUAAUACACGACCUUGCCCACCAUAUUGGAAGUGAAGCCCAUAUGGUGGAUUUAAUUCGUACUCAACAAGGUGAUUUCGUCUUGGACGGGGAUGCUUGUUUCGAGUUUGAAGAGUUUCAAUCUGCCGGUUGGGAGCAAAAAUUGGCCUCUUUAUUAAAACUCGAUCUCGACAUAGAAAACAAAGAAAAUUGA